AUGGUGCGCAUCGCCACGAGCCUGGGCGGGUUCAUGCCGCCGGGCGCCGCGCUCCACAUCUGCGGCACGACCCGCGCCAACCCUGUCGACGACGGAUGUUCCGUCGUCGACAGCCACUUCAAGGUCUGGCGAACCGAGAAUCUCUUUGUCGGCGGCUGCGGCGUGAUUCCUACGCAGAAUGCCACCAAUCCCACACUGAUGGCAGCCUGCUUCGCCAUUGUCGGCGCCAGGAAGAUGGCGCAGGAGCUAAAGCAAGUGCGAGUUGGCUACGACGCUUCCUGCAAUCCUGCCAUCAGCCAUGAUGGUAUCACCGCCACCUGUGGUGGUGCCCUUCGAGGCACUGCUGUUCGAUAUGGAUGGCACAAACUGAUUGACUCUACUAACACAGUAGUUCAACACUGGCAGCGUAUAGGCAAGGAGCUGGGAAUCGACCCCAAUGACAUUCUGCAAACGGCUCACGGCCGCAGAACCUUUGAUGCGCUCAAGAUUAUAUGUCCCAAAAAGGCAACCAUGGAGUAUGCGACGCAUAUUGAAAAGAGCAUUCUAGAAAACUACGGCUCUGACGCCACCAUCAUCCCUGGCGCGCGAGAUGCUCGACAGAGUCAGCGCCUUGUGCCUGCACUGGGCCAUUGUCACGUCCGCCUCGCUACCCUUGCUCAGCGGCUGGGGCCGGGUCCUCGACCUGCCCACCUGCCUGCACCUCGUCACCGCCAAUCGGUCGAGGACGGCAAGCCCGAUCCCGCCGGGUACCUGCUCGGCAUGAAGAAGCUCGCCAUAAAGGACCCAGCCGGCUGCGCCGUCUUUGAGGACAGACCUGCGGGCAUCCGCGCCGGAAAGACUGCCGGCUGCAAGGUCGUGGCUCUCGCCACCAGCCAUACUGCUGAGCAGGUGGCUGAGGCGAACCCGGAUAGGGUCGUAGACGACUUUUCCUCUGUGGCAUUGGUUUAG